CAUGCCUAGGUUUUGGAUUUUACCUUAACCAUACCUGAACCAAUAAACCAAUUUAUUGUUUUUUUAACAUGUGUCAAACAGUUGUCAGUCACCAAACUGACAUUUUAGGAGACAAGUGAUAAUCCUUCUUUUAAAACAAAAAAUAAUUUGAUAAACCCUUCAAAUGGACAAUAAAUACAAAGAAAUUUUUCGAAGAUGUCGAAAAAUGCAACCCAAAACUCAAAACAUCCCAAUUUUAGAAGAAAUAAUAACCACGACACUAUCCGAAGAUUUGCUAGAACGUUUCAAUAUCUCCUCAAAAAAGCGUAGUUAUUUACGUGAAUACAAAUGCAAAAUAUCAAAAGAAACGAAAAAGAAAGAACACAAGACGAAACUGAAAGAACUAUACCCUGAAGUACCCCAAAAAAACACGUCACACUUUGAUAUCCGGGCAUUUGCAGAAGCGGGCCCCAAAACAAUAAAACUGAUGUUUGUCUCACGCGAAAUAAUGAGACGAGUUCAAAUCGGAGGCCUCCAAAACGUGUUUCCUCAAGUAGUUGAGACGAUUUUACACGAAGCAAGAGACGAAUUUAUUGAAACAAUCCAUGGAGUGAGUGUUAAUUUAAAAACGAAACCUUUGGAUCACACUGAUGGACACAUAAAGCUUGAGUCGUUCAAAUUUUUGGGAAAAUCGAAACGCUACGAUGUUUUUUUGACCAACAGAAGUAAAAUGUUAAAGAAGUGGAAACUAAAUCAUCCCCUAAUCCGCGCAAUUCUCAACGAAUGUGUCACGUUUCUACCGGACAAGAUUUUCGAUUUUGGGGCUAAAAACAACGAACCGAUUGAUAUCGCAGUGUUGAACGAUAUUUUCCACAAUUACACCAAAGAAGCUAAAACCUUGUUCAAAGAUUUGUACACAAGACUCUUCAAUUUGGUACAGAAAGACAAAAGCAAAGGUCGUGAUCAUUUGCCAGCUUGCACUGGGCUUUUUUCGGUCCACUUAAGUCAAACAAUCAUCGAAACCAUGAAAUAUAUCACUAGAGUAACAGGGGACGAAGACUUGAUUCCGUACCUCAAACUCACUUUAAUUUUUGGACAAGAAGGACUUUCCUUGAAACCAACAAUGGAAGAAGUGAUUGGGCUAUACAGACGAUUUUUCAACGAACUUGUUGCAACUGGUGAAAAAUUUCCCGUGCUUGAAUCGGCAAAGAAUGAAGAUUUGGAAGAGAAAAUUAUGUAUCUUAAUGUAACUGAAGAUUUUAUUGAUUCAUGUGUUGACCAAAUGGCCAGCAAUAUAGCCAAGAUGUAUGAACCCAUUUUUGCAUAUCUUGAUUACGUUGAGUCUGAAUUUGGUGAUGUGUAUGCUGAUUUUGGCGACGAAGAAGAAAUGACUUUCACCAAAGGUUUCAACCAAAUUGCUUACUACAAAAGCUACAUCAAAAAAGCAAUGACUAACCUAACCAAUGAAUAUUUUGGCAUUGGUCAACUCAUCUUGUCGGAAUACGUUGAUAAUUUGAAAGCUUCCCUUCAACAAAUCAUUGAUGAUACCCACGCCAAAAUCAGUCUGGAACAUAGACGAGAAGACGAAGCAAUUUGUCAAUGUUUUCAAGACAUUCAAGAAAAGGCACUUGAAAUUCCAGCCAAUACCGAAGAACUCAUCGCCCAAGGUAAACACAUGAUUUGGGUCAAGACAGUUCAACUCAAAGAACUAAGAGAUCGCAUCCAAAUGAUGCUACACAAUUUGGUGAAACUGAUCGACUUUGGUGAAAUCACACGCGACCACAUGGACUUGAACUCCGACACUGUCAACUGGUUGACCUUGAUCGAACCAGUCCUUGAACACAACUCCACCAUGUACGAACAAUUCAAAUUCGAAGCGGAGGAAAAGCUCCAGAAAACGAAAGAAGAAAUUGUUUUCGCGCUCACUGAACUGGAACCCAAACUUGUGAUUCUGAACGAAAUGGACGAUGUAAUCAAUGUGAGACAAUACGUACGUCAAAUGGCCCCAUUUCUCGAAGUGAUGCGAGACGUCCGAACCAAAAUAAUCUGGUCCAACAAGGAAGAGACAAGUUUGGGGUUCGGGGUUACGACUUUCAACAAAUACGAAGAAGUGGCAAACUUUCUGUUCCCGUUUUACCACUUGUUGAAGCUUUGCCUAAACUUGGAACGCAAAAUUGGAGUUUGGUUCGACGGCCAGUUUGAGUUUCUCGAUGCCGAGGAGACCGAAGCCCAAAUUGAGGAGUUCCAGAAGGAGUUGCUCAAAAUACAAAAAACCUAUCGGAUUAAGUUGCGCCAAGCACAAGCUGAGAAUAUUUCGCUGCGUUUUGAUGGAAUUGUUGAUGAUCCUGAGCUCGUGAACUGGCCCGCUCCGCUAAAACUCACCGCGAAAGCAAUCCAGAAUUUGAAGGACUUUCGACCUGCGUUAACCAUGAUGAAGAUUAUGUGUAACGAUGCUUUGUUGAAGCGACACUGGAAGGAGAUGUCCGAAGUUGCAGGUUUCGACAUGACUCCAAAUGCUGGAACUUCUCUGCGAAAGCUUAUGAUGAUGGGGCUUGAAGCUGAUAUUGACAAGUACGAAAUUAUCAGUUCUAGUGCCACCAAAGAACGCGAACUGUUGAAAAAUCUGAAUAAAAUGCAGGCGGAGUGGGUUGAUAUUUGUUUCAAGACUGGAAUUUACAAGGAUACGGGGAUCCAUAUCUUGACUCAGUUGGAUGAUAUUCAAGUUGUGCUAGACGACCACAUUUUGAAGACUUUGACGAUGCGAGGAUCAGUCUUUGUGAGACCUUACGAAACCGAGGUUAAGAGCUUUUACGAGAAGUUGACUCGAAUCAACAGUACGAUUGAAGAGUGGGGGAAGGUGCAAUCACAAUGGUUGUACUUGCUGCCGAUUUUCUCGUCCAAAGACAUUGUGAGCCAAAUGCCUGAAGAAGGCCUACUUUUCAAAGAAGUGAACGAUACGUACAAGCGUUACAUGGACAUGGUCUUGAGGGACCCUCGAGUCACGGAAACCGCUGGUGCGAUGGGUGUUUUGGAAGCAAUGGUUCAUUGUAUCGAGCUUUUGGAGAAAAUUAACGAUGGCGUAGUUUCGUAUUUGGAACGCAAACGAUUAUUUUUCCCACGUUUCUUCUUCCUAUCCAACGACGAGAUGUUGGAGAUUUUAUCCGAAACGAAGGACCCACUCCGGGUGCAACCCCACUUGAAGAAGUGUUUUGAAGCGAUCAAUCGGUUAAAUUUCGACGAACAAUUGCAAAUCCAUGCCAUGUACAGUCAAGAAGGGGAACAAAUCGACUUUGUCGAAAUGAUCAAAACGAAGGAAUUUGGUGGUAGCGUCGAAAAGUGGUUGAUUUUGGUCGAAGACCAGAUGGUUAAGUCAGUUCGUGAGCAAAUAAUCAAAAGUUGGAAGAAUUAUUUUGUAACACCGCGAACUAAAUGGGUCCAGAAAUGGCCAGGUCAGGUGGUCUUAGCCGUGUCACAAAUGCACUGGACUGCGCAUGUUCAUAAAGCGUUGAAUCGGGUCGAAGACAUGUCGAUUGAGUCGUUUUCUGAGCAACUCAAGAAACAACUCCAGGAAAUAGUUGGGUUGAUUCGUGAUCCAACUCUCACAAACUUAUCGCGGAUCACAAUCAAAGCCCUGAUUGUGAUUGAUGUUCAUGCGAAAGAUGUUGUUCACGAACUUCACGAAAAACGUGUCAAGGAUGAUAAGGAGUUUAAGUGGUUGUCGCAAAUGAGGUACUACCUUGAAGACGACGAGUCUUACGUCCGAUUGAUUAAUGCCACAGUUCGGUAUGCGUAUGAAUAUUUGGGAAAUACUGAUCGUCUUGUGAUCACUCCUUUGACUGAUCGGUGUUAUCGAACGUUAAUCGGAGCAUAUCAUUUGCACUUAAAUGGAGCUCCUGAAGGACCGGCGGGGACUGGGAAAACUGAAACUACCAAGGAUUUGGCCAAGGCAAUAGCUGUGCAGUGUGUGGUGUUUAACUGUUCAGAUGGGUUGGACUAUAAAGCUAUGGGGAAGUUUUUCAAAGGUUUGGCAUCGUGUGGUGCUUGGGCAUGCUUCGACGAAUUCAACCGAAUUGAUAUUGAGGUUUUAUCAGUGGUUGCCCAACAAAUCCUCUCCAUAAUCAUGGCAGUUCGUGCUAAUGCAUCGAAAUUUAUUUUCGAGGGAACCGAAAUAUCCCUAAAUCCAGCUUGUUAUGUUUGCAUCACCAUGAAUCCUGGCUAUGCCGGCCGAACCGAACUACCAGACAAUUUAAAAGUUCUGUUUCGAACGGUUGCAAUGAUGGUACCAGACUAUGCAAUGAUUGGUGAAAUUUCCUUGUAUUCGUAUGGUUUUAUCGACGCUCGGAACCUUUCAGUCAAGAUCGUCACGACUUAUCGGCUAUGUUCGGAACAACUAUCGUCCCAAAACCACUACGAUUAUGGUAUGAGAGCCGUCAAAUCCGUGCUUUCGGCAGCUGGGAACAACAAACGAAAUUUCCCAGACGAACAUGAGGAUAUUUUGCUCUUGAGGGCGAUACUUGAUGUUAAUUUACCCAAAUUUCUUAAUCAAGACCUUCCACUUUUCGAAGGUAUUAUCUCUGAUUUGUUCCCAGGGGUUGUACUCCCCGAAGCUGAUUACAAAAUGUUAACAAAUGCGAUGAAUAUCAGUUGCCAGAAACGCAAUCUCCAACCGAAAAGUUCCUUCAUUUUAAAGAUCAUCCAAACGUACGAAAUGAUGAUCGUUAGGUGGGGUUUUAUGAUUGUUGGGGAGCCUUUCGCUGGGAAAACUUCAACUUUGAAAAUUUUGGCCGAUACUUUAACAUUGAUCAAUAGUCAAGGGUUGGGCGAAUCAAACGUUCAAUAUACGAUUUUGAAUCCAAAAGCGAUUACAAUGGGACAACUCUAUGGUCAGUUUGAUCCGAUUUCGUACGAAUGGUCGGAUGGUGUUGUUGCGACUUGUUUUCGGAAUUAUGCCCAUGAUUCGAGUCCUGACAGGAAAUGGAUUAUUUUUGAUGGACCUGUUGAUGCCGUCUGGAUUGAAAAUAUGAACAGUGUGUUGGAUGAUAAUAAGAAACUUUGUUUGAUGAGUGGGGAAGUUAUGACCUUGUCGAGUACCAUGUCGUUGAUUUUUGAAGUCAUGGAUUUGGAGCAAGCUUCACCAGCGACUGUAUCUCGCUGUGGAAUGAUUUACAUGGAAGCUGUAACACUCGGCUGGGAACCCUUCAUGGAAUCAUGGAUUGUAAAUUGUAACCCUGACUGGUGCCACGAUGAAUUUAAAACUCUAAUCAUCGAUAUCUUCAAAUGGAUUGUACCCCCAUGUCUUUAUUUCAUUCGAAAACAAUGUGUGCAAUACUGCAACAUUGGAAACAUCAACUUGGUGAAAAACAUGAUGCAACUAUUUGAAAUGACUCUAAACAAGGCUUUAUCCGAGACGGAAGACACAAAAAAUUUACUAAUCUGGAUGCAGGCAGCAUUGAUUCAGGCCGGUUUAUGGGGACUUGGUUGUGUCCUUGAUUCAGACUCAAAGAUCAAAUUUGACACGUUUUACAAGCAGUUGUGGCGGAAUCAAAUUGAGGAAUGUCCAUAUCCAGCUUCGAUGGAAAAACUUGAGUUGAAUAUACCAAUCGAAGGGUUACUUUACGACUAUUCCUAUUAUUUUCGAAUGAAAGGUACUUGGAAGUACUGGCCGGAAGUGGUACGUAACGAACGAGUCGAAGAGUGCGCAAAUAUUUUACAAGCAAUGGUUCCAACAGUUGAUACCGCACGUUAUAUGGCUUUGGUCGACCUUCACAUCAAAAAUAACCUUCCAGUUUUAUUGGUUGGGCCAACAGGGACUGGCAAAAGUUUCUAUAUCCAAGAUCUGCUAAUGAAUCAAUUGGACAAGGAACUGUACCUACCUUCGUUUAUCACAUUCACCGUGAAAAUCACAGCGAAUCAAACCCAAAAUUUGAUCAUUUCCAAGCUAAACAAAUUGAGGCGUUCACAUUAUGGAGCCCCUAAAGGCAAAACCUGUGUUCUCUUCAUUGACGAUAUCAACAUGCCUUAUAAGGAAACAUACGGUGCACAACCGCCCAUCGAGUUACUCCGCCAAUACAUUGAUCACAAGAACUGGUACGACCUUAAAACCACCGAACCGAUUUAUUUACACAACGUUAUUUUCCUCGCUGCCAUGGGUCUGGUUGGUGGUAGCCGCCAAGAAAUCUAUCCUCGUUUUUUGCGCCAUUUCAGCAUAUUCUCGAUUAAUGAGUUUUCGGAAGAAACGAUGGCCAAAAUCUAUACCAACAUCCUACAUUUGGGGUGGAAAAAUAACGGUUUUCCGAGCGAUGUAAUUAGCUUAGCUGUACAAACAGUUGGUGCUAGUUUAGACAUGUACAAAUCAGCGAUGGAUAAUCUAAGACCUACACCGUCGAAGAGUCACUACGUGUUCAAUCUGCGUGAUUUCUCACGUUUGAUUCAAGGUUGCGCCAUGCUACGUAAAGAGUGUGUGGAAAGUAAGGUUAUUUUUGCGAAAAUUUGGGUUCACGAAGUGUUAAGGGUUUUCUACGACCGUUUGGUAGAAGAAACCGACAAGAAUUGGUUGUUUGCGAAGUUAAAACUAGUAGUGCGUGACCAUUUCAAGGAACAUUUUGAUACAAUCUUUGAUAAUCUACCGAAAGACUCUGACGGGGUUUUGACACUCAAUUCCUUGAAGAAACUGAUGUUUGGGACUUACUUUGACCAGGAUUCAAACGACGAUGAACGAAGGUAUGAGGAAACGAUCAAUAUCAAGCAAUUUGCCGAUGUGUGCCAACUGUGCUUGGAUGAGUACAAUUCAACUCACAAGACAAAAAUGGAUGUUGUGUUAUUCGACUAUGCCCUCGAACACUUGUCCAAAAUUUGUCGUGUCUUGUCAAUGGCUUGCGGUAGUUGCUUAUUGGUUGGUAUCAGUGGUUCCGGUCGUCAGUCCUUAACCCGACUAGCAAGUGAAAUUUAUAGUCAACACUUGUACCAACCUGAAAUCACUAAUAACUACGGUUUGAACGAAUGGCGUGACGAUAUUAAGAAAAUCUUAAAGGAAGGAGGUGGACGCGGUCGCCAUUGUGUCUUCCUGAUUUCCGAAGGUCAAAUCAAGGAAGAAUCGUUCUUGCAAGACAUUGAUUGUUUGUUAAAUUCGGGCGAAGUCCCGAACAUUUAUCAAAUCGAUGAACGACAAGAAAUUUUGGAUAUGGUGCGUCUGGCGGCGCAAGGAGGGAACCGAAACUUGGAUAUUUCCGCCCUUCAAAUCUUUUAUUUCUUUACGAAACGUUGCCGCGAGAAGUUACACAUUAUUUUGUGCUUCAGUCCGGUUGGUUCAACCUUCCGCAAUCGUUUGAGGCUUUACCCGUCCUUGAUUAAUUGUUGUACGAUUGAUUGGUUUGACGAUUGGCCCGAAAAUGCCUUAGAAGAAGUUGCGUUUAAAUGGAUGUCGGAUGUUAACAUCCCCCAGGAGGUGAAGAACCAAGCUGUGAUCGCGUGCAAGUAUUUCCACGUCGAGGCAAGGCUUGUUUCCGAUGAAUUUUAUAAAGUAUCAGGUCGCAAAACUUACAUCACCUCAGCUUCGUAUCUCGAGUUGAUCAAAUCGUUCACAAUCCUGACUAAUGCGAAACAGUUGGAGAUUUUAACAACUCAGAAACGUUACAUUGGUGGUUUGAAGAAACUACUCUUCGCGGCGGAACAAAUCGCCGAAAUGCAAAAAAACCUGGCGAACUUGCAACCACAACUUGAAGAAAUGAACCAAAAGGCGAUUGAUAUGAUGAAACAAAUCGAAAGUGAGACUAUUGAGGUGGAGAAAGCUUCCGAGUUGGUGAAAAAGGACGAGAAAGUUGCAAAUAUUCAAGCUGCAAUGGCUUCGGCCUUGAAACGUGAGUGUGAAGCUGAUUUGGCCGAAGCUAUACCAAUUCUUGAGGACGCGAUACGUGCCUUGGACACACUCAAACCAGCCGAUAUCACUUUGGUCAAAUCAAUGAAAAACCCACCAGCUGCAAUCAAACUUGUGAUGGCUGCUGUUUGCAUAAUGAAAGAUGUUAAGCCGGCACGUAUUCGUGACCCUUCGACUGGUCGAAUGAACUUGGAUUUUUGGGGUCCGAGUGUGAAAGUUUUGGGCGAUAUGAACUUCCUCCAAAGUCUCAAAGACUACGACAAGGACCACAUCAAGCCCGAAAUUAUGGUUAAAAUACGUAGAGAGUUUCUCCCCCACAAGGAUUUUAAACCAGCAGUUGUGGCGAAGGCAUCGAGUGCUGCCGAAGGUCUCUGUAAGUGGAUUAUAGCCAUUGAUAAGUACGACGAGGUCAAUAAAAUUGUUGCACCUAAAAAAGAAAAGCUGGAUAAGGCGGAACGCGAGUUCGCUGCCACUAUGGAAAUACUACGGGCGAAGCGCGAACAAGUCAAACAGUUGGAAGAGAAAUUGGCGAUUUUGAACGAACAGUUGGGCGAAGCCGUCCAGAAACAAGGCGAACUUCAAGCCGAUGUGGACUUGUGCAAAAAUAAAUUAAUACGGGCCCAAAAAUUGAUCGGUGGACUUGGUGGUGAGAAAACCAGGUGGACAGCUGCAGCCAAUUCACUUCAAGAACAACACGAUUCAUUGGCUGGCGAUAUUUUGAUUUCCAGUGGCAUUAUGGCGUAUUUAUCACCCUUGACUGCGUUCUACCGCCAAAAAACUGUAGCCGACUGGCACAAAAUCGUCAAAGAGUUGAAGAUUCCAUGUUCCGACACGUUUGAUUUCCUGUUUGUUUUGGGUUCGGAUGUUAAGGUACAAAACUGGUACAUCAGUGGGCUACCACGCGAUAGUUUCUCGACUGAAAAUGGCAUAAUAGCGGACAAUUCGCGGAAAUGGUCCCUUUUCAUUGAUCCCCAAUACCAGGCCAGUAACUGGAUCAAAAAAAUGGAGAAGAAGAAUUCGCUCUACGUUGUUAAAUUCUCCCACUCCGACUAUAUGAAAAAAAUCGAAAAUUGCGUCCAGAACGGAUAUCCCGUCCUGAUCGAAAGCAUUGGGGAGGUUUUGGAAGCACCAAUUGAUCCUCUCCUGUACAAAAAAGUGUUCAAACAAGCUGGGUUCGAGGUGAUCAGUAUGGGGGAAAACGUAAUCCCUUACAAUCGAAACUUUAGAUUGUAUCUUGCAUCACCCUUGAGGAACCCACACUAUUUACCCGAAGUUUUCAAUCGUGUGACAAUUAUCAACUUUGCCCUAACUCUCGAAGGGCUCCAAGACCAGUUACUGGGGAUUGUGGUCGCAGUGGAAAAACCCGAAUUGCAGCGACUCAAAGAAGAACUGAUUGUGCAAAAAGCGGAAAACAAGGCUGCGCUAGACAACGUCGAGUUGAACAUUUUGCGAACGCUUUCGGAAUGUAAAGGGGAUAUCCUUGAGGAUGAAUCCGCGAUCCAAAUUCUAGACGAAUCAAAAUUGUUGUCCAUCACAAUUCGCGAGAAACAGAGCAAGUCUUUGGAAAUUGAAAAGACAAUCGAGGAGUUUCGCGUUUUGUACCAAGGGGUAGCCGAACAUUCCGCCGUUCUCUACUAUUGCAUUUGUGACUUGGGGAACGUUGACCCAAUGUAUCAAUACUCCCUCGACUGGUUUAUAAACUUAUACAUUGGUUCAAUCCAACGAGCCGAGAAAUGUAAAAGUGUGGAGAAACGUUGCACCAAUUUAAUAACAGCCUUCACGUUUGAUCUCUACUCCAAUAUCACACGUUCCCUCUUCGAGAAGGAUAAGUUAUUGUUUUCCUUCUUGCUUUGCUCCAAGAUACUGAUUUUUCGCAAAGCGCUCGAUGAGAAGGAGUUCAUGUUUCUUUUGACGGGUGGUGUUAAUGUUGAAAAUCCGGUCCCAAACCCCGUCAAUUGGUUACCAAACCAGGCGUGGGACGAGAUAUGUCGAGUGGAUGAAUUACCGGCGUUUCACAAUUUUCGCGAUUCUUUCGUUCAAGCGAGUCGCGACUGGAAGAGGAUUUACGAUAGCUACGAACCGGAGAAGGAAAGAUUGCCAGGGCCUUGGCACGACAAACUUAACACGUUUCGAAAGUUGAUUGUGAUUCGCAUUCUGCGGUCCGAUAAGUUGAUAGUGGGUGCCACUGAUUAUAUUGCAAAGGAGAUGGGGGUGAAGUAUAUCACGCCGCCUCAGUUUAACAUUUCCAUUUCGUACAAUGAGUCUUACAAUUUGUGUCCGUUGAUUUUUAUAUUGUCACCCGGGACUGAUCCAAUGUCCGCGCUAGUGAAAUUCGCAGAAGAGAAGAAAUAUACGGAGAAGUUUCAAUCAAUUUCUUUGGGGCAAGGUCAGGGGCCACGUGCCGCAGCUUUGAUCCAGCAAGGUCAAGACGAAGGAUUAUGGGUGUGUCUGCAAAAUUGUCACUUGGCCACGUCUUGGAUGCCAAGUCUUGAAAAAAUCUUCGAAGAUAUGGAUUAUAAUAACACUAAUGAUAACUUCAGGUUGUGGCUAACGAGUUACCCGUCUGAUAAGUUCCCAGUGUCAAUACUCCAGAAAGGAGUGAAAAUCACCAACGAACCACCGACUGGUUUGAAAGACAACUUGUUGAAAUCUUACGUUAACGAUCCGGUGAAGAACCAAGAUUUUUACAACGGUUGUCCCGGGAAUUACGAGAUGUUUGUCAAACUGUUGUAUGGCAUUGCGUUUUUUCACGCCGUUGUGCAAGAACGCCGAACUUUUGGCCCACUUGGUUGGAAUAUUCCGUACGGUUUUAACGAUUCGGAUUUUGAUAUCAGUGUCCAACAAUUGCAAAUGUUCAUCAAUGAGAGUGAAAAUCCGUAUGAAGCAUUAUCGUACCUGAUUGGAGAGUGUAAUUACGGAGGUCGUGUCACAGAUGAUUGGGAUCGUCGAUUGAUUACUACAAUUCUUGAGGAUUUUCUCAAUCCUCGAGUCGCAACUUCGAACAAUUAUCUCUUUAGUGACGCGGCGGAUUGUUAUGGCCUUCCGAUUAAAAUCGACUAUCAAGAUUUUGUCACCCACAUCCAAAAUUUACCACAUGUGCACCCUCCGCAAGUGUUUGGACUUAACACAAAUGCUGGAAUAACGCGCGAUAUGCAAAACUCGCAACGCUUGUUAAAUUCCGUCCUUAAAGCUUACGGUGAAAUUCAAACUGGUGGUGUUGGUGAAACCGACAAGUACAUCAUGAUGUUGUGUUCCGAUAUCUUAUCCAAAUUACCAAAACCGUUCGAUCAGGAAGAAGCAAUUCGUCGUUACCCCGUCCAGUAUUCGGAAUCAAUGAACACUGUGUUGGUGCAAGAAAUGGAUCGUUUCAACCGACUGCUUUCCACCAUCCGCAACUCUCUAAUCAACAUGCAGAAAGCGAUACAAGGACUGGUUUCAAUGACCCCUUCCCUUGAAUCCUUCGCCUCUUCUCUGCUAAUCGCUCGAAUCCCUUCAAACUGGGCGAGCAGUUCGUAUCCAAGCCUCAAAAACUUGCCCCAUUACGUGGCCGAUUUUUUGUCAAGGAUUGAGUUUCUCGAAACUUGGUUCAAGCGUGGUAAACCGGAUGACUAUUGGAUUUCUGGGUUUUUCUUCACUCAGGCGUUUCUAACCGGUGUUAAGCAGAAUUACGCAAGGAAGUAUACAAUUCCGAUUGAUAAGCUUACGUUUGAUUUUGAGAUUUUGCAAAAAGAUCGUGGAGAUAGAGCACCAAAAGAUGGGGCGUAUAUUUAUGGGUUGUUUACUGAUGGGGCGAGAUGGGAUCGUGCCAGAGGACAAAUUGAUGAGUUGCUGCCAAAGGUGUUGCAUGAUAAUAUGCCCUUGAUUUGGAUUAAACCGAUCAAAGAUAAGGACUAUAAAGAGAGAGGAAGGUAUAGGUGUCCGGUUUAUAAAACUUCAGAGAGGAGAGGGGUGUUGUCGACAACGGGGCACUCAACGAAUUAUGUGCUGCCGAUCUUGAUGGAAACAAGUGUGAAACCGGCGCAUUGGAUUAAGAGGAGUGUGGCAUUGCUCUGUCAGUUGGAUUAAACACAGGGGAAAAUUGACUUGUAGCAUCAUAAAUAAACGACAAAAAAUACUAUUACUAAA